UUUCUCGAGGAAAAUGCAGAAAAUAGCAAUAUUUGGGGGCACCGGAAUGACCGGGCAGUGUGUGGUGGCUCAUGCACUCAAAAAAGGCCUGAAAUUGAGACUUCUCGUGCGUGAUAUGAAAACAGUGCCCCAUACAUUUCGGGAUAAAGUUGAGAUUGUCAUGGGCGAUGUCACGGAUUAUUCCAAGGUCUUGGAAGUGAUUCAGGGCACAAAUGGAGUUGUAGUAACUCUGGGCACGAGGAAUAAUCUUGAACCAACAACUGUCCUUUCUUCAGGAUUGGAAAAUAUCCUGAAAGCCAUGCAGGAGGCUUCUGUCCAAAAGAUCUCCGUCUGCUUAUCUUCAUUCCUCUUCUAUGACCCUGAUAAAGUACCUACGAUAUUUGAGCAUAUUAAUCUGGAGCACCGGAGGAUGCUGGAUCUCGUUAAAUCUGCUGAGUUUGCAGAGUGGAGAGCCGUUCUCCCUCCUCAUAUUGCUGAUGAACCAUCAGCGGAAUUUCAGGUGCUCCAGGACAAAUCUCCCGGACGCACCAUCUCUAAACUGGACCUGGGCAAAUUCCUCGUAGACUGCCUCACGCAGGAGCAGUACAUCAGACGUGUACUUGGCAUAGCCACUGUAAAGCGAGGCUAAUUCAUGUCCGGAAGAGAUAAAUAAAUGUUCAAUAAAUAAUUUCACUGUA